AUGGACCAGAAAAUGUCUUCGAAUAAAAAGAAUCGAAGUCGGAGCAAAACAAUUCGUGAAAAGGAAAAGGAGCAGAGUCAAAAGAAUACUGGAUUCGAUGAACCAACGACUGCUGAUAGAAAACGGGAACGGAAACAGGUGAUACAACAUCUCACUAAGCUUCUGAAUCCCUAUUUCAGAUCUAAAAUGAAAGCAUUCAAAGAAGCUCAAGAACACGGGAAAAAUCGUUAUAAAGAUGUCGGAUGUCUUGAUAAUAAUCGUGUGAAAUUGGGUGGAAACUGGCCUCACGAAUACAUUCAUGCGAACUACGUGGCAACUCCGACGAAUCCGAAACGUUUUAUCUGUACUCAGGCACCUCUUGAGAAGACUUGUGCUGACUUUUGGUACAUGUGUUUGCAGGACCGUGUUGAGACCAUCUUCAUGUUAUGCAACUACACUGAAAAGGGCGCGAAAAAAUGCUACGAAUAUUUGCCAACUGAAGAGAAACAAGACACAAUGACAUUUAAAGAGAAGGGUCAGAAGGUUACAGUCAAGUUUGAGUCGUCGAGUUCGAUCAAAUUUCGUGAAAGCAGCAGUGCGAAGGUUACCAAAACAAUGUUGACAAUUGAAGGAGCCGGUUGCGAAAAAUUGAAAACAACUCAUUAUCACUGGAUCGACUGGCCAGAUCGUGGAGUUCCGACAGCUGAUAAUGCCAUUUUGGAAUUAUUGGAAAAGGCGAGAGUGUCCAAAGGACCAAUAGUUGUUCAUUGUUCUGCUGGAAUCGGUCGCACCGGAUCAGUUGUAAUGAUUGAAUACGUGAUGGAUCAGUUGAUAAAUGGACAGACAAUCGAAGAAAGCGACAAGAUUCUUCAGAAGAUUCGUGAGCAACGAAACAAUUCUGUUCAGACAGAUCAUCAAUACCUAUUCGUCCAUCAAGUAAUGCUGAAUUUCUUUGAGAAACGUGGAUUAUUGGAUGAGACUACGAUGGGAUUCCACAAAGAUUUCACUGAUCAAUACAGCAAAUGCGUUCUCUAG